UCAGGUACCCGCUCCCCCUCCCUCCCCAAAGGUCAGCAGUCAUCUCCUGUACUGUCCACAGUCUCUGUCCGUCAUCUGUACUGUCCGCAUCUGGUCAUCUCCUGUACUAUGUCUGCAGUCUCUGGUCAUCUCCUGUAUUGUCCGCAGUCUCUGGUCAUCUCCUGCACUGUCCGCAGUCUCUGGUCAUCUCCUGUACUGUGUCCGCAGUCUCUGGUCAUCCCCUGUACUGUGUCCGCAGUCUCUGGUCAUCUCCUGUACUGUCCGCAGUCUCUGUUCAUCUCCUCUACUAUGUCCGCAGUCUCUGGUCAUCUCCCGUACUAUGUCCGCAGUCUCUGCUCAUCUCAUGUACUGUGUCCGCAGUCUCUGGUCAUCUCCUGUACUGUCCGCAGUCUUUGGUCAUCUCCUCUACUAUGUCCGCAGUCUCUGGUCAUCUCCUGUACUAUGUCCGCAGUCUCUGUUCAUCUCUCUCUACUAUGUCCGCAGUCUCUGGUCAUCUCCUGUACUGUCCGCAGUCUCUGUUCAUCUCCUCUACUAUGUCCGCAGUCUCUGGUCAUCUCCUGUACUAUGUCCGCAGUCUCUGGUCAUCUGUACUAUGUCCACAGUCCACAGUCUGGUCAUCUCCUG